AUGACUACAUCGAACACACAUGCAACAAUUGCGAAUGAACAAAGUAAUCAUGAGAAGGAAACAACAUCUCAUCAAACAAGCGAUGAUCGUAGGACACUCUUUGUGUCGAGUUUAAGAAGUAAUAUAACUCUCGGCGACAUACGUCGAUAUUUUACUGGUUCUACAAGAGUGAUCAUAAAGCGACAUCGUACAACACCACAAUUUAAAUAUGCUUUUGUGUUUCAUCGAACGUCUGAAGAAGCAGAACGCAAUCUUCGACGUUCUGAAGAUGAUUGUUUUCUUGGUCCGCAGUCAUGUGUCGAGUAUGCCCGCAGUCGUUCAAGUUUUUCAAACAAUCAACAAAACUUCGGCAAAAACAAAGUUGAAGUCAGCAAAAUACCAGAAAAUGUUAGCGAAACUGAUUUGCGUCAUCUAUUUGAUGAUUGCAAUGUACUGAAAUAUUAUCCAGCACGUAUUGUUCACCAAGCAGCCGAGACAACACAAACGAAGCGUUCCAGUAGAAUAUCAUCUGGGUAG